AUGGAUCAAGCAGCAUCUUGUCUUGCACAUAGUGGUUCAGCAAUGUUAAUUAGUUUUAAUCCAUUGAAAAUCGAAGACAUAACUUUACCAGUUGGUUGUGCUUUUGUUGUAACACAUUCCUUAACUGAAGUUAAUAAAGCGGCAUCAGAUCAUUUUAAUACACGUGUAUCUGAAUGUCGAUUAGCGACUCAAAUAUUAGCUCAUGCAAAAGGUCUUGAUUGGCGUUCAAUUCGUAAACCAUAUGAAUUACAAAAUGCUCUUGGUUUUACAAUAAAUGAAUUGGAAAAAUUUGCAAUAGAUACACUUCAUGAAGUACCUUAUACACUUGAUGGAAUAGCUGGUUUAUUAAAUGUAACUGUUGAUGAAUUAAUUAGUAUUAGUUUAAAAGCAAAUAUAAAUCGGAAACAAAAAUUUGAAUUAUGCAGACGUAUAAAACAUGUUCUUAGUGAAGCUAAUCGUGUUUUACUUUUUAAACAAGUAUGUGAUUCAAAUACACACGAUCGUCUUGAAACACUCGGAGAACUAAUGAAUCAAAGUCAUAAUAGUUGUGCGAGAUUAUAUGAAUGUAGUAGUGAUGAACUUGAUCAAUUAACUGAUAUAUGUCGGUAUGUAUAUUCAUUUUUUGCUUCUUAGUGAGAGAUACUUAGGGAUAUCCAAAAGUAGUGACAGUAGUACUUUAAUUCCUUAUAAAAAGCUUGAAGAAACUUUUUCUCUGGAUGGAUUGAUAGUAAAAACGAUGCUCUAUUUUUCUGUUAUAUGUGAUGGUUAUACUAAUGCCUAUUUCAACAAACGGUGGAGCGAAUAUUUUUUGAAUAACUUCUGAUAGAAACAAGAUAGAGAGUUGCUGCUUUCAUCGUUCGAAAGAGGAGACAAAGAUGUAUCGAAUCGU